AUGUCGCAUCGCAUUCUCCUAACGGGCGCUUCGGGUUACCUUGGGGGCACGCUGCUAGCACGAUGGAGUCGGCACCAUCUCCCACCUUACUCAAGAUUAUACGCGGCCGUGCGGACAGAACAACAAGUGAAUGCCUUAAGGAACCACUAUUCGGCCAUGGAUAGUGGCGCUGAAGUCGCGCCUCUGAUUCUCGACAAUAUAAAAGACCAAGCUGUGGUGCGCGACCUGAUCGUCAGCCAUGAAAUCACGAUCGUUCUGUUUCUGAUUGAUGCGUUCGAGGUAGGGGCACAAUGCUGCUUCAUUCGUGCCCUCGCCGAAGUCAAAUCGAUGACAGGACGGGAGGUGCAUUUCUUACAUACUAGUGGAGCUAAAGUGUUCUCGAGUCACGCUGGCGCCCCGACAGAUCGGCUGCUGUUUGAUGACGAGGAAGAUCUCUACAAGAUCCAAAAGGAACAGGUCCCCAAUAUCCCGCCUGUGCAGACGGCGAUCAACACAAACAACACCAUCAUCGAGUUAUGCGAGUCAUUGGAUGUCAAAGGCUACAUCUUUGUACCGUGUAUCGUUUAUGGCGAGGGUGAGGGGUUUGGAAAUCCGAUUUCUAUUCAGACAGUAGCGAUUGUGAGCGCGGCGCAGGAAGCGGGACGGGUGUAUAGCGUGGAUUCCGGCAAACCGACAUGGCCUGUCUGCCAUGUUUUAGACAAUACCGCUCUCUAUCUGGCGAUAGUCAAUUCGAUCCUAACAGGGAAGAACUCGGACCAGAAGAAAUGCCGAUACUACCUAGCUGCCAGUGGCACCAUUGCUUGGGUAGAUCUCUACCGGGCUAUCGGGGAGGCGCUGACCAAACGAGGUGUUAUUUCUGACAACGUCGUGGAGCAAGCUGAUGAGGAUGCCAUGGACCGAAUGGCAAAGGGGCUUAAGACUCCGAGGGAACUGGUUGCAUUGCAGCUCGGAGGAGCGCUCACGGCAAGAAGUGGUGAGAAGCUGGGGUGGAAACCGCAAUUCGGUCCAACCCACAUUCUGCAGACGGCAGAUGACGAGGUGGAGAGAAUUCUGGCUUAUCAGAGGAGCAGAGAUCAGUAG